AUGCUUUCCUGGAAGUACAAGGACGCAGCAGUUGUCAGUGCCAAGGCAGAUCAGGUACUGUUGAGAGCUAUCCAGGAGGAGUGCUUUCGGGCAGAGUUGUCUGAGCUGCGCAAUGGCCGUAGCGUACCGAAGUCGUCGAAGAUUGGCCAGUUCAGCCCGUUCCUCGACAACGAUGGUCUGAUUCGUGCGACGCUACGACUGCAGUUUGCCGACUUGGAUCCCGACACGACGCAGCCAGUACUGCUGGCCAAGCACUACCUGACAAGGCUGAUGCUGACGAAUGUCCAUGUUAGCCGGCUCCACCAGGGUGUGGAAGCGUGCCUUGCGUUUGUGCGCCGCCGGUAUCUGAUUGUUGGUGGUCGACGCAUGUUGCGUGCAGUCAAGGAGAAGUGUGUUGUCUGUCGUCGGGCUGAUGCCCCUACUGCGUCUGAGAGAGCUGCACCGCUCCCAGCUGAUCGUGUGUUGCAUCAGCGGCCGUUCUGCGUUGUCGGUGUCGAUCACGCUGGCCCGCUGCUCGUCAAGGACCGCGGCAUAUCCAGCAAGGUGUGGAUUCUAUUGUUUGUGUGCGCGACAACACGUGCAGUGCAUCUUGAGCUUGUCGAGAGUCUGUCGGAGGAAGAGUUCCUCCUAGCGUAUCGUCGUUUCGUCGCGAGAUUCGGCAAGCCUACUCUAGUUCGGUCGGAUAACGGCACAGCGUUCGCAGCUGCAUCCCGACGUCUCGUCAGUUCAGUGGAUUGGCGACUGAAUGCCCCAGCAGCACCAUGGCAUGGUGGGUUCUUUGAACGGCUGGUUGCUAUUGUCAAGUCCCCACUGCGGCGUGUGUUAGGCAAGUCGCUCCUAUCCAAGACGGAGCUACGGACUCUGCUGUCGGAAGUCCAGGAUGUCGUCAAUGACCGUCCGAUCACGUAUGUAACGGAGGACGAAGACUUGCCGCUGUCUCCGUCGAUGUUGCUGGGUGCUGCUAGUGUCCAGUCUGACUCGAAUGCUGAGAGUUGCUUGUCUCACACUGAUGCGAACCGUCGUCUGCAGUAUCUUUCGCAGCUGAGAGUGCACUUCACUGCCCGAUGGACUGAGGAGUAUUUGUUGAGCCUCCGCAGUCACCAUGACCGCAAGGGUCAUUCACUAGCAGUUGGCGAUGUCGUGUUCCUGGCAGAUCAUACCAAGAAGCGUGUGUGCUGGAAGUUGGCCAGAAUACUGCAACUGCACACUGGUCGAGAUGGCCGCCAGCGUGUCGCGAAGGUCCGAGUGAGCGGACAUGAGUUGCUGCGGCCAAUUCAGCGCUUGGUGCCGUUGGAGAUCUCCAGCCGUAAUGAGUCACCAACUGCUGAUGCUGAUAGUGAGCCCGAGGAUGUCGUGCCUGCAAGUAUUGCUGAUGAUCCAGAGGAAGUGAUUAGUGAGAAAGCCACACUCAAGCCACAGCCACAAGUACAGCAACCAGUACGCACGCGUACACGUCUUGUGCAACGCCCUCAGAGGUAUCGUGAGUGA